AUGUCCGGUUCCGAGCAUCCUAACUACACGCACUCAGUUACAAACAAUACUCGUGCAGCACUAAAGGCAGCAGAAGCUGCUACAAAGCGUCGAAGUACCAACAAGCGAGCGGGCCUACCACCAGUUGAUGAAAAGCCACCUGAGAAGAAGAAACGCGCCCGAAAGACCUUUGAUGGGCAUCUUUCGACAAACGACCCUCUGUUUGGGAAGGAUAAAGCUACAUCGACAAGUACCUCAGCCACUAGUACACGUGCAUCGUCUCGCAAUGUGUCGCAGCAACCCGAUAUACAGCCCGCUGCAGCUGGGACUGGAGCCGGUACGCGGGUUACAGGGCGCACUGGCCACGGACGUCCUCUCGGCCCAGUAGAAGGCCCUUUCCAAGGUCCUAUUGGCGCAGACACCGACCUCUCAGCACACGUAGCGCCCAACCAGCCUGUCAAUAACUAUGGUAUGCCAGUGGACUUCGCUCAAGGGCCACAGCCGGGCGCGGAGAUUGAUGGCGGGCCGACUCGAAAUACCAAUGUUGAGCGCCUUGCUGAUUUUGCGUCCGGACUGGCUCCCAUCACAUACGCGAACUGCAUCAUUCGGCGCAAAGGGCCUCCUCGAGACCUGACCUGCAGCAACUGUGGGGUAGCAGGACAGGCCAAGUGGCGAUGCGACAGCUGUCAGUGCAAACGGGAUCUUUGUACUGCAUGUGUCCGCAUGCGCCACAUGGAUAACCCGUACCAUCGCGUGCGCUAUCUUACCGGAGCCCAGUACCGCGAGGCAUGGCUCAGAGAUGCUGGUGUCUUCAUUCAGCUUUGUCCCGUUGCACGCGGAACGGAGGCUUGCCCGGGAUAUGAAGAGGACACGUACGUGCUACCGAUGUCGGUGAAUACCGACCCUCCGCCACACUACGGUGGCGCACGAGAAGGCUCGACUGCAACAGGUGCAGGCCCAGGUCGUAGUCGAGACACAGAAGGUCCCGCCAGUACCGCCGGGACUGCUAGUACCGCCGGUACCGCGGGCACUGGCGGUACAUCAAGUCUGUCAGAUGAUGCCCCAGACAUACGUGCCACAAGGCCACAAGCUCGCACUGGCUUCACAGACCUGUACGACGACAUGUUCUCUGGCAGUAGUCAGGAACCUACAAUGGAUGAGGGAGAUGCGGAGGCACGCCUUCACGACGAGGGUGACAGCGAUGGUGAGGAGGAGGAUGGGAGUAGCGGGGGUGCGGAUGAGGGCCGCGCGAGAGCGAGAGGGCGAAAGGCGAGGGUUCAGAAGGACCAUUGGGGGUACAAUGUGAUGGUCAUUGUUCACGAUACAGAUAUCCACCAACUGGGUGUUGCGUACUGCUGCUGUCAGGCUAGUCGUGGACUUGCAGUUGACGAACAGCUCAUCGAGUUUGGGGGGCUUUUUCCAGCCACUCCAACAAACCCUCGAACGUGUUUCACAACUGCCGGUCUGGAGUACCAUCAACUCGAUCGACUAGAGUGUAAAGUUGCACCUCAAGCCAUUAUGCGCAAGCUACGUAGGCAUACAUCGCCAUUGCAUGCUGGAACAGUACCAAACCGCUAUCCAGAGAUGCUGCGUAUCAUGCGCGAGUAUUCCGUUGUCGACAAUCUCAUCGUUCAUGGUUAUGCACAUCGCGAUGUCUCGCUUUGGCAGCCUCCGCCGCCUGGCGGUCUCUUUCAUUCCUGCAUAGUCUGCCCGUGCCGAGAAAACCUCCCAAAGGGUUACCGGUAUAGCAUCUACGCCUGGGCGUUUCAUUAUGCAUUUGCUCACGACGGGAACUUCAAUGGCCAACAUACUGUAUCAAAGCAGCCAGGCAACAACGUCCCUAUCUUUCCCGGUACUGGUGCCUUCCAACAUCCUACAGAGGCCAAAGCCGACUUGGCAACCAUGAAAACGGACAGGCAGCUCAAGAAGGAGAAUGAGCGACUGCGCAAGUUUGCAAAGGACAAGCCGUGUCAUAAACAUCUUGCAGCACAGCUUAGCGGCAAAACACGCGACAAGGUCACGGACAUCAAGGGGAUAGGCGCUUGGGCGUGUGCUCGACAUGGUUGCUUCGCCAGUGGAGGCACAUGCAACUAUGAGCUGGGCGAAGCAUCUGGUCCCGCCGACGUUGCCUUGAACAAUAUGUUCAAGCAGAACACCGAUGUCAAUCUGAUCGAACGACUUCUUCUAUUCUACGACAUCUGGUGCAGAUAUGGAGUUCAUCUGCAGGAGCGGUUCAAGGGAAGUGCAAACAUUGAGUGGCCAGAGUUUGCUGAGGUGCUGGGUAGUGUUGGAGUGUGGCACAUCUACGGGCACAUCUUUGAGUGUUAUGGGCGCUGGUCUAGUCUGUACUCCCACCAUGCUGGCAUAGUCGACGGUGAGAUCCUUGAGACGCUGUGGUCUGUUCUGAACCAGAUUCUCGAGUCUUGCCGUGGAAUGUCGUUGGCAAACCGGGAGGAAGUCAUCAGUAUGUUCGAGUCUGACAGUAAUCAUCGGAAGAACAUGGCUAUGGUUGAUACGCUUGCACGCAAGUUUGAGAAGUAUGUGGCGGAGGAGGUGAAGCGGGAGGCCCUGGUUGCGGAGCUGACAGAGUGCACAUCAAAGGAGAACGUCGAGCGGUGGGAGCAGGAGCGAGUGCAGUUUGAAAGAGAUCGCAUCAACGACCCUGCCAUUGCUGAUGAGUUCUUCAAAAAGGAUCUCAUUCAAGUGAAGUCCAGGAAGGAGACGGAAACUGUGCUCCUGGAGGCUGAAGCCAAGCUCCCCGAUGGCAAGGGUCUCGCUAGGGCGAUAAUAGACUCGAUGAAUGUCCAAAUUGACCAACUUAAACUACAAGCGCUUGAGAAACAGGCCACAUCACCCAGUGAGCGUCGAUCUGUUGCGACAACUCGAACACGUCUUCACAACCGGUUAAACAAAUGCAAUGCUGCCAUGGUCGCUGCACUGGGAUCUGAGCCAGGCCCAGAAGGCCUCACCCAAGUUCGCUUGCGCACCCUCAUGCAGGAGGAUGAAUGGGGUCACAAGGCGGACAAGUCGCGCGAGAAACGCUCGAGACAUGACCUUCGUACCUCUGCCGAGUUCCGACCUGCUGAUAUGCCGUCAUCUCGUGGUGAAGCAUGGCGGUCGUUCAAGCUUAAUCCGGGCCAAGAGGACGAUACACCCACUCGCCAACGUGCCAUGUCCAUCCAGACUCAGGUAGUCGUCGGAGUGAUGGAGGAGGCUCUAGGCGAGAUCCGGACUCGUAUUGUCGACCAGGCAAAUACGUAUCUUCAACGCAUCAGGUCGCGGUCAGGAAACGCAAAUACAGGCUACUACGAGACGAAUGCGGCAUAUGCGGACGCGCAGAACCAAGGCAAGGCCGUUCGAAUUCACGCCCAAAUUUACAACCUUUGUCGGGAGAAGCUGGAUUUGUUGGCGUGGGACAAAUCACCGAAGGGAGUCGCUACUCAUACAGACCUCAAAGGGCGGUACCGGGAGCUCGAGGCCAAGGACCUGAAAUGUUCGACGGCGACCUACAGUACGACUGGCAACAGUGAUGGAUUCCAGCUUCCCUGGUUUUGGAGAAUGGUCGCCGUCGACUUCAGUGGAUCACCAGAAGCGCAACAAGCAAAAGACGAAGAGUUUAUUGCCGAGUUUUUCCGUGUGCGUUGGAUCAAUGCCAAAUGCUCGCUUACACGGUGCCGUGAGGAGCUGAUCAUCUUAUACUUCGAGAUGCAAAUGUGCUACCUGGGCUACACGAGCCGGGCACAAGCAUGGCGGGAGCGUAAAGCUGCAAUGGAGGACUCCCUUGCACAUGCGUACAUGGCACAGGAGUAUGUCAGUCACUGGCUGGAUAUGGCGGCUUAUGCAAAACAACAGUUCAACCUUUGUUACACUGAUGUCAUCUCGGACACUCUGAUACGCGAGUUCAUGUAG